AUGAGCAUAUUGCUGCUCGAUAGACCGACCACCGACAACGCCACAACGGCGACAAGGCACCAUAGGCAGACAAUGCAAAUGCAAUCCGUUCUGUGUUGGCCUAUGAGCAGUUCCCUCCAUAAACCGUGCAUACCAUGUGAUCAGGUGGUUGGCCAGACUGAUCGACACCUACCAGGAAAAUGGCGACGGCUGGCUUUGACGUCAUUUGCGUCGUUUUGCUUCAUUGUACGUAUCUCGUUCCGUGAAGGAAAAAAUAUUUUCAUUUCGUCUGGAGAUGUAACGAUUGUUGUUCGCGUGCCGUAUUUUUUUUCUUCACCGUAUGAUACGUCUCGUGCACAUCGGCCCUUAUUAGUUUACUUCGGUUCCUAUCGUGUUUAG